AAUGGAUGCAGACCAAAACAAUUACGGACUAUAAGCACAAAGCAGACGGGAGAAAUCUGUGAAAAUUUUUAUAAAUCGCGUGUUGGCGCAUUGAAAAUGGUGCUGCGAUCGGGGAUUAUAAUUCCGUUUCAGUUUCGCGACACGAAGAAGCUGUUAAUGAUCGGGGUUCCCGAGGAAAACCGCAACCUAAACAUAUGGGACCUGAAGAACGUGGUGCGGGCCGCCUUCGGAAUUUAUAACUUUGAAUUCCGGAACAAGAAGAUCGGCUUCAACAUCCCUGAUGAGCUGCUGCUGCACUAUCUGGCCCAGAGGCACGACCUCACCAACUUCGUUAUAGAGAUCAGUCAAGUUUACGAUGUCGCUUUGGACAACUAUGUAUUAAAUCGGCAGUGCCGCUGUGGGGACCAGAAAAUGCUAAACGACUCGCCGACGCCCGAGGAGCCCACCAAUCUUUGCCAGCCCAGUAAUGUCCUGGAGGCAACGCCCACUCCGCUAAUGACCAUGCCACCUUGCGGUGACGAGGAUCAUGAGCAUGAACACGAACAUGAGCACGAACAUGAGGAGAACAUGAAGUACCGGAUCGACAAAGCCAGUAGUGGAGCCGCCUCGGCGGAACUCGGCAUGCCAGCUUACGAGGUCUGCUCGCCCAAGAUGGAUUACGACACGCAGGACGAGAUGCCGGAUUCGCCACACUCCCAGCAGCUUCCACAACCGCCUUUGCCUUUGCCUGCGGCCUUGCCGCUCCCACCGCCGCCCACUUCCCACCACCAGCAUUUGCAACAGCAACAGGAGGAGCGCAUCCAGCAAGAAUACAUCAUCCAGCAGCAGCAGCAACACCAUUAUGCUCUUCUCCAGCAACAGCAAGAGCAACAGCAACAACAGCAGAUCCAGCAACAAGUCAACAUGGCCAUGGGAACGACCACAACUAACAACAUUCGACAACGCAAGGAGCGCAUGUCCAAGCGGCAGAAGGAGCUAUAUGUGCACUUCCUGCAGCAGCACCAGUUCAUCAAUGACCAUCGGCGCAACGAUCCCGUGCUGGAUCCCUACUGGUUGAAGCUAGCUAAUCUGCUGAAUGCAGUGCCGCAGGGCGCUGUUAAGCACGUGACCGAGUGGAAGCAGACCUUCGACAAUUGGCGAUACCGCAUCUUUCUUUACGCGCGCUACAACUCCAAGCUGCAGGAUGAGGAGGCCCAGAAUCCUCGGAAUUUUAAGCCUCUGACACGGACCGAUAAGCAGGCCUAUAUCAUGUGGAUCAGGAACCCCGAUACGGCGCCACCUGAUCUCGACAAGAUGCGCAACGUCUUCUGUAACCUGGAGGAGACGGUCGUGCAGCAGGAGUAGAUCCGGGGAUUGCCAUUGUCCUAGUUGUAAAACUUCCGAUCUUUCUUUGUCAUAUUUUAAUGGUUUUUAUCGUGUUAACCGUGCGUAUGUGUGUCGCUGUUUUUCCUGUUAUGGGAAUGCAUUUUUCUUUUAGUUUUUGUCAUUGUUAUGUUUAUAUGAAUAUUAAACAUGUGUUUUUUCUGAA